AAGAACUCCACCAAAGCUCUAUCAAUUUAUUUUAAGUCUACUCCAGUUGUGGACCCGAUACAUGAUUCUAUACUUUGAAGACCAUGAUCUCGUAACUAUUCAUUUUACCAGGCCAAUUGGCUAGUGUUUUACAUUUGAGCUUGUAGGAUAUAAUGUCGACACUAACUCCAAUAUGUCGAGGCUGUUCGCGCCCUAUAUUGUUGCUUCGAAACUCCUUGCAAUCUAUCAAACCAUAUAAUCAAACAACCCGAGUCCCGCAAUGGCUACAGCCAAAUUGCGCUCGAAUAAGCCGUCGAUCGUACGCGAUGAAAGUCCCGCCGCCGUAUAAAGCGACUGUCGGUAAAAUCCCACCCAAGUCCACGAAGUUGAAAUCAGGGCAGGAAACCGCCAAGACUCUUCCCCAGCCUAUCCGCUCUGAGAAACCGACCGUUGUGUCGCAUCCAGUAGUUCCACAGUUGGGCUUUGCGAAAGGGCUCGCGAACAACCCUAAGCCAACGACAUUAUACGAAGCAGCGUCUCAGAGGAUGUUCUUAUUCUCUAGCUACUUGGCCGGUUUUAGUUGCUUACUAGGUGCUGCCACCAAUAUCAUAGUGAACGUGUAUAAUAUUCCGGAAGGAAUGCACUUUCUCAUGCCUGUCGCAUUUGGUGCGGUGGGGAUAAUAAUGGCCAUCAUAGGCACCAGGUUCGCCUUGAUUCCAGCAGGUGUCGUACGGUAUAUCAAAGUGCUGCCAGCCCAAUCCAUCAAGAGCUCGAACCCGGCUAUGAAAUCAACUCCAGUGUCAAGCCUACCUGUCCGGCUCGAGAUCGAAGUACGUCGUAGCUUGCCUUUCAUGUACCGACGCUUCGAAGUCGACCCUAAAGACGUCGUUAUGGUCGCGCCCAUGUAUUACAUGGCAGCACAUGAUCAACCGGACCAAUCUCUUCUACCCCGUGACGGCCUGUUCAAAAAUAUCCGUCGCGGGAUAACGGGUGAGGGUCUCGCGCCUAUCAUGAUUAACGAUGUCAAGUAUAAGUUGGAUAUCACAUCGGCCUACGUGCUGGAUGAAGGGCGAGCUUUAGACAGGAUCGUAAGAAUCGAGAAGACUCCCGCAGUAGAGCGCCUACUUGCUCAGAAGAAGAGUCCCUGAAUUACCCUGUUAUAUGAUAUGAGAUUCAAUGGCUGGCCUUGCGCUCUUUAAGGUACAGCACAACAUUACAGAUCAGCAAGCUUCGAAGCAGAAUCCCUAUCAUCUUCUCCAUCCACGUGGAGAGGCAAUCUUCGGCAUAUCUAAGCGACUGGAAAUUUUAUCCUACGGCAGCAUUAAGCGCCAAGAGGACUUAUACUCCUGAAGUUAUCUUGUCUUGUUUGGUGGUUACUGGAAUCCUCAGAUCCAAAAUAGGCAAGAGAAGAGCCAGGUCGGAUGAUUCCGGACUGAAGAUCGGGGGAAAUCGAAUCGAGCGAAUUAUAUCCCUAUAGAGACGAUUCUUGCGAAAUAAAAUCUCACAUAGGUUUAAUUGUAUAUAGCCGUGAGG